AUGAAUAAGCGAAUCAACGAACAUUUAUUAAAUCUUGAGAUUGAUUUAAGAAAACUUAAAAAUAUUAUUAUUGAUGAAAAUUCAAAGGAAAAAAAUUUAGCUGAUUUAAAAAAACUUAUUGAUAGUAUUGUUAAUGGAGAAAAAACUUAUGAGGAAUCUUCUAAAACAAUUUUAAAGCGCGAAUUAACAAAUCUUUUUAAUAAUAAAGUAGAAACUUCUUCUAAUCCAAAAAAGUAUAAAAAUUUAGAAGA